UUUUUGUCCAACCAAAACACUCUCCUCUCAGCUAUAAAUAGGAGGGCCAUCGCCUGCCACUCUCCACAUUUAGACAUUAAAGAACUCCAAACCAAUCCUGUCCUCCUUCCAAUAGUAAGAAGAGCAGUAGUAUCCGCUCUCUCUCUCUCUCUCUCUCUCUUCCUCCAAUGAGAACCCAGUUGAUGACCAGCCUCUUCUUACUCAUCUUGUGCCUUGCAGCUCAUAACCAUGCCCCAUGGCCCUUCCUCUUCCUCCUCUCCACUCUCUCUCUCACUCUACCGCUCUUCUUCGCCGCCUGGCUCGUCCCUGGUGGCUUUGCAUGGCACAAGUACUCGGGGAAUGCUCCGGUAGCCCCCGGCCCGAUCGGGUGGCCGUUGCUCGGCAGCCUUCCUCUCCUGGGGCCGCUCGCGCACCGCAAGCUGGCGAGCCUAUCGAAAUCCCACCGUGCGAGCCGCCUCAUGGCGCUCAGCUUCGGUGCAACGCCGGUGGUCGUCAGCAGCCACCCCGACACCGCUCGGGAGAUCUUGUGCGGCGCGGCAUUCUCGGACCGGCCGACCAAGGUGUCGGCCCGGCUGCUCAUGUUCGAGCGGGCCAUCGGGUUUGCUCCCUCCGGUGAGUACUGGCGGCACCUCCGUCGCAUCGCCGCCGGCAGCAUGUUCUCCCCCCGGAGGAUCGCAGCCUCAGAGACCCUGAGGAGUGCAGUGGCUGAUGGCAUGAUAGAUAGAGUGCGCAGAGAGAUGGAAGAGACGGGGAUGGUGGUGUUGAGGGGAGUGUUGCAGAAGGGCUCCUUGGAGAGCAUGGUGGGGAGCGUAUUUGGAAGGAGGUCGCUUGGGGAAGUGGAGGGCAAGGAGUUGGCUGACAUGGUUAAGGAAGGGUAUGAGUUGAUUGGGAGCUUUAACUUGGGAGAUUAUUUUUCCUUGGGUGGCCUCUUGGACUUGUAUGGGGUGGGAAGGAGGUGCAAGCAUCUGGCUUUGAGGGUUAAGGCUCUUAUGGGUAAACUUAUAGAGGAGAGAAGAACCCAUGGUGAAUUCUCCAAGCAAGAUGACUUCCUAAGCUUGCUGCUUGCUUUGCCAAAGGAAGAGAGUCUUAGUGAUUCAGAUAUAAUCGCAGUGCUUUGGGAAAUGAUAUUCCGGGGAACGGAUGUUGUUGCCAUCCUCUUGGAAUGGAUCAUGGCAAGAAUGGUUUUGCACCCGAACAUCCAAGCCAAGGCCCGGGAGGAGCUCGACACCUUCGUCGGCGAUCGAUCUGUGCAAGAUUCAGACGUGCCGAAGCUCCGGUAUCUUCGGGCCAUUGUCAAGGAGGCCCUAAGGUUGCACCCACCUGGCCCACUUCUCUCAUGGGCCAGGCUAGCCAUCCAGGAUGUCCAUGUGGACAAGUUCUUGAUUCCAGCAGGGACCACAGCCAUGGUGAACAUGUGGGCCAUCACCCAUGAUGGCUCCAUAUGGAAAGAUCCAUGGGCCUUUCAGCCCGAAAGGUUUUUCGAAGAGGAUGUGAGCAUACUAGGUUCUGACCUGAGGCUCUCGCCAUUCGGUUCCGGCCGGAGGGUCUGCCCUGGGAGGGUCUUGGGCUUGACCACGGUCCACUUGUGGCUAGCAAGACUUAUACAACAGUGCAAUUGGACUGCUAAUCAUCCUGUCCAACUGUCGGAGUGCUUGCGCCUUUCGCUCGAGAUGAAGAAGCCAUUGGUUUGUCAAGCUGUCCGACGAGAUCGCUCAAGAUGAAGAAGCCAUUGGUUUGUCAAGUUGUCUGGCGAGAUUGUGUAGUGAAGUAAAGCAUGCUUGAUUGCUUGUCGUAAUGUAUCGAUAACACAGGAGGAUGUGAAUGUGAGAGUGAGGGUGGUGUAUGUUGUUGUAUUUAUUGUCCAAUGUGGUAUUUGAACUAGUUUACUUAUGAGUCUUCAACUUGAACAAUGUUAGACUCCUAUGGUAACCUUUCAAAGACAUGGGAAAUCAAUAGCUAAGAUGCACCAUUCUCUUGUUUAUA